CUGCCGCCCCGCGAGGACGCGGCGCGCGUGGCCCGCUUCGUGACGCACCUCUGCGACUGGGGCGCGCUGGCCACCAUCUCCACGGAGGAGGCGGUGCGCGGCUGGCCCUUCGCCGACAUCCUCUCGCUCAGCGACGGGCCCCCGGGCGCGGGCAGCGGCGUGCCCUACUUCUACCUGAGCCCGCUGCAGCAGUCCGUGGGCCACCUACAGGAGAAUCCAGAUGCUACGCUGACCAUGUCUUUGGCGCAGACUGACUUCUGCAGGAAACGUGGGUUUGAUCCCCAGAGUCCCCUCUGUGCUCACAUAAUCCUGGCAGGAACUGUCACCAAGGUGAAUGAAACAGAAGUGGACUUUGCAAAGCGUUCAUUAUUCAUUCGACACCCUGAGAUGAAAACCUGGCCUUCCAGCCAUAAUUGGUUCUUCGCUAAGUUGAAUAUAACCAAUAUCUGGGUCGUGGACUACUUUGGUGGACCAAAAAUAGUGACACCUGAAGAAUAUUACAAUGUCACGUUUCAGUGAAGCAGAAUAUGGAGAAUUUAACCGCGUGUGUGAAGUUGCUUAGGAUGGCUCAUACAGACUUGAAGGGCUUAAUGUUUCUCUCUGGGAAGAUCCUGGAAGAUCAGCCACUUGUCUUUCACAACCUGGCUUAUUUGCUUGCUUAUUUACAGAAUAAGUUGCACUGUUACUGGAUUUCUUGGAAGAUGUGGUUGCUAGAUAUUAUUUUUUUCAUAUUUUGAAGCCAUUUUCAUAGAGACAUGUCUUUUAUUACAAUCAAAUAAAUUUUGUUCCAUCAAUUCUGAAUAGUUUCCCAACGAUGCUCCUUGAAGAGGAGCAGGUCCCAGGGUAGAUUGCCCAUGGCAUUUGAAGGUGCUCGACUGUGUGUUCCAUUCCUGGAAGCCGCUGUGCUGGGAGAGGGUGUCGCUCUCCCCCAGCUGCGCCUGCGCCUGAGCCUGAGCCUGUGCAAAGGGCUUGGCUCCUGUUCCGGUUGCCGGAAUAAAUCUUGCCAAGACGUGAAACACAAAUGGAGCUUCCUGCUCAUGGUCCAUUUGUGUCUGACAGUCCUGGGUAUUGUUGAUCCAACAUAGGGCAAAACUAUUUCUUACAAAGAACUUUUAUUUUUUUUUCUUUUCAAAUCUAAGGUGAUAAUUACCUACAACAAAAAACUUCAUAAAACUUUUCUUGAAUUUGAUUUCCCCAGCUAAGAGGACACUGUAUAAUUCUUUUCCUCCACUCAAAACAUACACUCAUA